UGGUAUGUAUAUUUAGCAUAUGAUGGGCUCGGAAUUCAUCAUAUAAUGGCUGAUGACUGCCUUCUAAACAAUGUCAUCUAUCUACCUUGUAAAAUGUUUUGGUGUUUGAUAAAUCCUACAGAGUGGCCUUUUAAACUUCCACUUCACUUUAAAAAUGGUUCAACUCAUGUGGCUAUGCCUAGAGUGUGCGAGAUAGCUAAAUAUAUAUCGAAGGGAGAUUUUAAAAGGCUAAACAUUCCCACUGUUUGUUGACCAAACUUUGUCAAUAGUCUGGUCCAUGGUAAGGACAAGUAUUUCUCAUAACUUGAAAGAACAAAUGUAAAACUAAUCCAUAACUUUUGAACAUUUGCCCAAAUCACCAUAUAGGUGAGCAGUUAAACAAAGUUAUGAAUAGACGUUUGUGAGAUGAGGAUCACCUCUAUAUUUUUACUAUAUUUGAAAUACUAUCUUAUUCUAUGUACUUGGAAUACUCCAAUUAUGACAUAUUCCCUAAUACACUUAUUUUCUUUCUCUCUUUCUCUUUUAGGGAAGAGCAGUACGAAGAAGAAGAAGAAGUGACUGAGGAAAUGGAAGAGGCUGAAGAGGUUAAUGAACCUGAGGCCGAGGCAGAGCCCGAACCCGAACCUGAACCUGAACCCGAACCCAAACCUGAACCCGAGCCACCAAAGCCAGCGCCUCCUAAGCGGAUCACUCCAAGCUCAAGAUUUCAUACUGAGGUUACCGCUAAAAAAAGUAGCAAGAUCUCGGCAUCUCGCAAACUCCACCUGAAGAUCCUAAUGCUUGCUAAAGCCAAAGAAGACCUGGAAAAAGAAAUCGAGGAAAGGAAUGAAGAGAAAGAAAAAUUCCUAGCAGAACGUGUACCUCCCCUCAACCUCCACGGCCUUUCCAUAACUGAAUUGCAAAAUUUGUGCAAAGAACUGCAUCAAAGAAUUGAGAUUGUUGAUGAAGAAAGGUACGACAUUGAGUUUAAAGCUGGCAAGAACAGUUAUGAGAUUCAUGAUUUGUCCCUGAAAAUUCUUGAUCUUCGCGGGAAGUUUAAGCGACCUCCUUUACGUAGGGUCCGUGUUUCAGCUGAUGCAAUGUUGCGUGCUUUGUUGGGAUCCAAGCACAAAGUAUCUAUGGAUCUGAGAGCCAACCUGAAGUCAGUCAAAAAGGAUGAUACAGAAAAGGAACGCAAUGUUGAAGUAAGUGACUGGCGUAAGAAUGUGGCAGCCAAGUCAGGCAUGGAAGGCAGAAAGAAGAUGUUUGAUGCUGCCACUACCCAGUAAUUCACAUGGAAUAUUGCAAGUUUUAUGAAAGCAUAAACCAGUCACUUUACUCUUUACUCUGCAGUGUUUGGUUUAUCAGUUUUCUGACACGGUAAAAUACUUUGAUUAAUUGUUUUCAAUUUCUCAAUCUUCCUCCUGAAUUUCAGGUGCAGUAUUAAACUUCUUGCAAUUAUGGUGACUUCAGAUAGGAAAUAAUAGACUUUCACAUGAUCUGUUUAGAAUUACUUGCUUUCCUGUAACUAAAAGUGAGAAGUAAAACAAUUCCUUUUAACU